AUGGGCGGCCAGAAAAAGGCGGCGGCGGAGACCCUCUCGCUCGGCGGCGGCGGCCCGCGGACUCCCGGCGUGUACACGCGCGCCGCAUUCUUUAAUUCGGCUCCCGGCCAAACGCACUGCCGCCGCCGCCGCCGUCGCACAACACGUUGUCGCUUCGUCGCGCCACGGACGACGCCGCCGCCGGUCGUCUAUCCCGCGUUUCCGCUACGCUCUAUACGAUCACCGCCGCCACCGCCGCCGCCGCCAAAGUCACCACCGGAGCACGUGUGCUCGACGACAAAAGGCCACUGCGCUUCGCAACCCUUGGCCCCGGGUAAGUGGAACGAUAUUUUCUUCGGAAUUUUUAGAGACUCCACGCACGACGAACUUUAUACGCUCGGUUUUCGCGAACGGCCGCUCGACGAGAAAUCUCGCUGCGACCGGACGGUUCCGUCCGGAGACGUUUUCUCGUAA